GCGUCUCGUUGCAACACUCUCAGUUCGACUCUAGUCGCUUUGCCGCUUGGAACGGGCGCGUCAAACGUCGCCGGCCACACGGAGAGGGCGAGAGAGGCUACAACUCGCUGAAGAAGCGAAGGCGAAUCCGACAGCUAUGUGGACCGUGUGAAUGCAGUGUUCAGUGACGUAAUAUUUGUGUGACAAGCUUAUCAGGACCCGCGUGGAGGUGACUGUACAAACAAUGGAUAUGAAAAGUGCGAUAACCACGACCAACUGGCACAUCCCGAGGCCGUCGUUAUCUAGCAGCAGUACGGGCAGCAUCAAUGACCCGCGAUCUCAAAGAGGCUCCGCCUCUAGCCAGGGGUCCUCUAGUAAUCACAGCACGCAUAGCGUGUCUUCAGGAUCUUUGCUGUUGAGUGCAGCACAUUUAGCACGAAUGGAUGGCAGGGAUUUAUCCCUUAACGGUUACAUACAUCAAAACAAAGACGCAAAUUUGAUUUUUGAAUGCCGAAAGUCACCAUUGACAAGUGCUGUAAUCUCCAUUCCUGAAGAAACUCGUGACGUGUCAGAUUCCUAUUGGUCAGAUGUGAAGCGAGGUUCGAUCCCUGAACAGGACACGACAUCCCGAGCGAGCUCCACCCACUUCACCGUCGUGAAUGGCUUUACAAAACAGCGAACAACGAAGGAGCCCAAGACUUGUUGUUGCAGUCACUCACAUCAGAUAACCGUGCUCGUCAUAUUCAUGACGAUCCUGCUCUCCGUGUGUAUACUGGCGGCAGUAUGUUUUGUGGAAAUGCGGAUGCGCAGAGAAACCGGGAUGUAUAAAUACUCUUAGAAACACGAAAAUUACGACGAAAUGUUAUAAAAUAAGGUGACAGCAAUAGCUUUUACAAUUCGAAGAUUCUAAUCAAGCAUACGAUUUUGUUUUCCAUAGACCAAGAACAGUGUAGAAUGUCAUGGAUAACUUUAACUUUAGCAAAUCCUUGGAGAGCUAUAAAUAAAUUUAUUCAUCAACACUGAUUUGUGCAGUGUUUAGGUAUAAUUUAAGUAACAUAAAACAUUUUAGAUUAAUUUACUAGUGCAAUAAUGUUACAAACUUUUGUAACGAAUUUAUAGAAGAAAUUGUCUAGCCAAUUAUCAUCAUGUAUUAUAAUAUUUAUGAAUUAUGACUUAGUGCUCAAACUAUUUCGUAUUAGUAGUGGAUGGAAUAUUUAGAUUUAAGUAAAUUAUUUGAAAAGCAGGUAGCUGUGAUUUCUGUAGCAGAUUUUAUAGUCUUAUGGAUACUUUGAUACCAGAAACUAUAAAAUUUUAUAUGUGUAAAUAUUAAGAACAAUGUUAAAUUUAUUGUUAGCCUUAGUUGUAAUGAAGUAAUGAUCGUGGACUUUCACUUUCCAUUCUGUAAGUUUAAUGCUGAUCUUAAAGAGUAAUUUGGUAAAUAUUGAAUUGUACUGAAUAGAUUUCAUUCAUACAUUAUUCAUAUACGUAAAGUUUUUUUUAUUUAUUAACGAAUGAAUCUCAAUCAUUUAAUUAUUGUUGCAACAUUUUCAUUAUAAUCAUUUCUCAUUUAUUUAAAUAUUUAUUUGUAUUCAGGCAACAUGCCAAUUUCGUACAAAUUUUGCCCAGACAAAUACUAUCAUAUUAAUUUACAUUAAAUAAUUGUAAAUAAUAGUCAAAUAUGUUAUAUAAAAUAUCGCACAUCCAGUUAAAUCCUGUAUUAAUAAAGUAUAAUAAUAUAAAGUGUGAUAAAUACACAUUCAAAAUUC